CUUGCCAAAAGGUACAUUAAGCCCCCCGUUUGUCUCGCACCCCUCCAUCCACUCCUCCCGGCCAUUCUCUCCGCACCCGGAGUCCAUCUUCCGCAUUUCCCUCUUUAUCAUUCCCCUCCCCCUCAAAACCCUCCGUCUUAUCGUUCCACGGGCACAUCCCACUUUUUUUUUCUUUUCUAAAUUCUUGCUCUAUACUACACACACAGCAAGAACUAACACACCUUCUCUUACAAAAGAUCUCUCGCACAGGCCCGCCAUCAUGUCAUCCGUCGCACAGAAGCGCCUCUUCCACGAGUACAAGAACCUCUCAACCAACCCGCCGGAUGGCAUCACCGCUGGCCCCGUCACGGAAGAUGACAUGUUCCACUGGGAAGCCUUGAUCCAGGGGCCGGAGGGCACCCCGUUCGAGGGCGGUGUUUUCGCGGCCGAGCUGAAGUUCCCCAAGGAUUAUCCGCUGAGCCCGCCGACUAUGAAGUUCGUUGGCGGUGGGGUUUGGCAUCCCAAUGUGUACCCUAAUGGCACCGUCUGCAUUUCCAUCCUCCACCCCCCCGGUGACGACCCGAACCACUACGAACACGCCUCGGAACGCUGGUCCCCCAUCCAGAGCGUGGAGAAGAUCCUCAUUUCCGUGAUGAGCAUGCUCGCCGAGCCCAAUGACGAAAGUCCCGCGAAUGUCGAGGCGGCCAAGAUGUGGCGUGAGCGACGGAGUGAGUACGAGCGUAAGGUCCGUGACGAGGUCCGGAAAGGCUUGGGGUUGUGAUUUCUUGCUGUCUUGGGGGGAGGCCGUGCUUAUUUGGGCUAUAAAUCUCACAAGACAAGAAAAAAUACACAAGCAAGCACGGGCUGGCUAAAGUAUAUAGGGAAGCCGGUCGUCCUUCACCUGCACAUGUGUAUGAAAUUGUUUUUCUUCUUUGCCGGGAAGAAGUGCGUGGCAUAGCCUGUUGGGUGCAUUGGUGCCGGUACUGGCGUUUUCGUGGUGUGCUCAUUCGUUCAUUUUCUUUUCUCGAUCUUCCUUUUUCUCUUUGCUCCAGUUCCUUUCUUCACAUGCAGAUCAUAGGGUCCGACCUGAUAUCUUUAUCAAUUCAUAUAUGUCCGUUGUGGG